ACGGGUGAUUGGGUGCAUGAAAAAGCCGUGCCAGCCGUGAAGACUGCUGCCAGUGAUACGGGCGAUUGGAUCAACGACAAGGCUGUGCCCGCUGUGAAAUCCGCGGCUUCUGACACUCAUGACUGGGUGCGCGACACGGGUGUUCCUGCUGUGGGAAAGGCGGCUUCUGAUGCCGGCGAUUUCAUCCAGGGCAAGGACCGGAAA